CAGCCGCGCGCGCCGUCUGGGAAUAACGAUACAAGCCUGAGGAGUCGCGCGCGAGACGUUAGAAAUAACGGGCAAGUUCACGAGCGCGAGCGUUAAAGCGGAAAUACUGCACAUUAACGCCAUCUGUUUUACUCUAAGCAGUGAAGAUGGAUGAUUUGGGAGAGACUGACUCGUCUAACUACCCUCUCAGCCCCCGUAUUGUCGUGUUUGACGCUCUAUUGGCCGAUCUGGAAAGCUCCGCCUCUCCACUCGCUCGGUGUCCCGUCUUGUUGACUUCUGACCCUCCGGUGACCUCUGAACCAUCACCAAUGUGCAACCAAGACUCCUCUCAGAACCGUCCUCCUCCUCCGGCAUACACACCCCAGCAGACAGUUUCAGCUGCCAUGAAGUCCAACAACACUCAGAACCCAGACAAGCUUUACAGCACGGUGUGUAAGCCCCGUUCUCCGCGCUCUCCUGAUCCUCCUCCUCCUGCCUUCUCCUCCUCGUCCGUGUUGGGUGGAGGCCUGAGUGAACUCGACCACCUGCUGCAGGAGCUCAACGCCACCCAGUUCAACAUCACCGAUGAGAUUCUGGCUCAGUUCCCUACAACUAAAAAGGAGGACAAGGAGAAAGAGAAAUCAGGAAAGCCGGCUCAGUCCACUGGGUCAGUGAAACCCUCCGCCACAUCGGCCACUUUGGAACUGGACAAACUGAUGGCAUCUCUGUCUGAUUUCCGUGUGCAGAGUGUACCGGCAGCUCAGGCCAAUCCUGCGCCUUUGCAGCAACCGGUCCCCCCACCCCCGCCCACGGCGUCCUCCGGCGGAUCGCUGGACAGCAUGCUGGGUCUCCUCCAGUCAGAUCUGAGCAGGCAGGGCGUGUCCACUUCCUCCAAGGGAAACUGCUCCGCCUGCCAGAAACCGAUUGUGGGACAGGUGGUGACGGCGCUGGGGAGGGUCUGGCAUCCCGAACACUUCGUGUGCUCCGAGUGUGAAUGUGAACUGGGAAACCGUAACUUCUUCGAGAAGGACGGGCGUCCGUACUGCGAGCCCGAUUACUUCAGCCUGUACUCGCCUCACUGCGCACACUGCAAUAAACCCAUUCUCAACAAAAUGGUUACUGCGCUGGAUAAGAACUGGCAUCCUGAGUGCUUCUGCUGUGUAAAGUGCAGCCGGACUUUCGGAGAUGAAGGGUUUCAUGACCGUGAGGGACAGCAGUACUGUCAGCAGUGUUUUCUGGCUCUGUUUGCGUCACGCUGUGAAGGCUGCUCUCAGCCCAUCGUGGAGAAUUACAUCUCCGCCCUCAACGCCCUGUGGCACCCGCAGUGCUUCGUCUGCAGGGAGUGUUUUAGCCCUUUUGUGAACGGAAGUUUCUUCGAGCACGAGGGUCAGCCGCUGUGUGAGGCACACUAUCACCAGUCUCGCGGCAGCGUGUGUCAGGCAUGCCAGCAGCCCAUCGUAGGACGCUGCGUCACCGCCAUGGGUGCGAAGUUCCAUCCGCAGCACCUCGUGUGUCAGUUCUGCCUUAAACCUCUGAGCAAAGGUUGCUUCAAGGAGCAGGACAACAAGCCCUACUGCCACCCGUGUUUCCUCAAGCUCUUCGGCUGAAUCUAACCUGGAGGAUGUCCAGUACAUUCACAACAGGAAGCGUUACAGAAUCAGUAUUGUUAUCUUGCAUCUUUUAUCCUUAUUUAAUAAUCAGUAAUGUGCAAAAGAACAAAAACAAGUGCAAUUUUAUAAAGCCGAAUGAUAUAAAAAAAAAAAAGGUUUGUAAAAAUGAGAAAAUGCUCCAAAUUCACUUGAGUGAUACUGAAGUGAAGAAACACGUGAUUAGUAACUAGGACACACCUGUUAGCUUGGUGUACAUGCACACAAUAGUCCAGUGUUGUUCUUAGACAGAAUAAAGCUAUAUACCCACAGAUACUUGGUUAGCAUGUAGGGAUUUUAGCCAGAAAGUCUUUUUUUCAAUAAUUUACCAACACAUCUGAGUGAAAUGUUGAUGUUUCUGACAGUCCUUUAUAUUAAUAGCUAAUGGCUACGUUCCAGCUAGCAUUUCCAGAAAAAUAUCAGUGAAAAUUGCCAUUGUGACCGCUGGACUAUUGAUGUACAUGUAAAUAGAAUUAUAGAGGCUGAAGGACUCUAGGAUUAAACACACACACACAUACAGUGAACAUUCCUAACACGUAGCAUGGCCCAAGCAAGUAAGCAUGUGCCGAUGUUACAUUUUCCAUCAGGCUAACUGCUAACUUUUAUUUUGUGAUCAAAAUCAAUUAUUUAUAUAACUAACUGGACCUGAAGCUUGCCUGAAGUCACCUGUUACCUUCUCAGCUAUGUUUAAAAAUGCAACACUGUGACCUCAUGAGCUAACACCAGUUAGCUGCAAAACUUAAGCUGCAUUCUAUUUUAAUGCCUAGUUUAAGUUUAAGGUUAUCCAGGCUAGGUGUUUCAAAUGGAAAAGUUUCCUCCCAGACGUAACCAGCUAACACCUAACUAACGCUUGGCCUUCUAUCAAGUGAUGUUAACUAGUUCAGCUUUUUGAAUGAAGCUCUGUAGAGAAGAGGACUUAUCGUUUAGCACCGUUUAUCGGCACAUGCUUACAUGACAACCAUGUGAACAGCCAAAGCUUUCAUUUUCUUUCCAUCUUCAAUAAAAUCAGUAACGUAAUCCCUACAUCAGUUACCGACAAUCACCAGCUGUCUUAUUUAGCUUUACAGUAACAAAUAAAUGAUUUCCAAAGAUUUUUUUUUUUUUACUAUUUGGAUUAAAUAGAUAAAUGUUGUUUCGAUUUUUUUUAGUAUUUCAGUUUAAUAUAUUUGCUUUACGCAGCUUAGUCACUGCUAUCGCACAUGUGGUUAUAGGUUUUCAUAUUUUAAGUCUGUCUUUUUUUUUUUUUUUUUUUUACACAUGAUAUACUGCCAAAGAUUUGUUUUAAAAAAAUGUUUACACCCUGUCGUUAUACAGAAUAUUCAUAUUCAGAUAAGCUGUUUUGUUUUCUUGUCUCUGCUGUUCCUGUCACAGAAUGAUGAAGAUAAUAAACACUUUUUCUUUGUA